AUGGCGGCAAAUGAAGCAGGCAUUGAAGGAAGCGUAACAGCAACAGCAACGGAAGAGGUGGUAACAGAGAAGCCGCAGCCGCACAAGCUAGAGAGAAAGUGGACCUUUUGGUUCGAUAACCAAUCCAAACCUAAACAAGGCGCCGCCUGGGGCACUUCUCUCCGCAACGUCUACUCCUUCGAUACCGUCGAAGAAUUCUGGUGUUUGUACGAACAGAUAUUUAAGCCAAGCAAGCUGCCUGGAAAUGCUGAUUUCCAUUUAUUUAAAGCUGGGAUUGAACCCAAAUGGGAAGAUCCAGUCUGUGCUACUGGAGGCAAAUGGUCUGUUACUUCUAGCAGAAAAUCCAAUUUGGAUACCAUGUGGCUUGAAACUAUGAUGGCAUUGAUUGGGGAGCAAUUUGAUGAAGCUGACGAGAUAUGUGGCGUGGUUGCGAGUGUGCGUCAGAGGCAGGAUAAACUUGCUUUGUGGACUAAAACUGCCGCCAAUGAGGCUGCCCAGCGUUUCAAUUCUGUAUGCAUUUCAUCGAAAGGUGUGCGUGGCUUUCUGCCUACAGUGAAGUUAAAAUUUCUUCUGCAUUCUCCGGUUUCACUACCAAGCUUCUGUCUUGUCUGGCUUCCCUUGAUCCAAAGACCAGGAAAGAAACAUGUGGUUAUUUCUCAGAUUUUGCAUGUGAACGGGGAUCUUGUGUAUCUUGGUGGUGAGUUCUCUGUCUCCCCAAAUGCUUCAUAUUUACGAGUUACUGCUCACCUCAAUUACUUGGAAGUUCUGGAGCCUUCACCUUACUCUAUGAGCAUUGGCAGGAAGUGGAAAGAGAUCAUUGACGUCACUGAUAAGAUCACCUACAGCUUCCAUGUAAUCUUUGCUUUGUGGAUGAUUCCAAAAGGGAAAGAAAUGUCAAAAGCAGAUACAAUGUACAAGAUUGAGCUUGUGAAAGUAUUGUAG